AUGAGAUUUAUUCAAGAAUUUGAUGAAGGGAAGAAGAGCUGCCGCUCGCGUCUAGCAAAACAUAAUGGAAGGAGAAGGAAAGUUCAACCACAAGCUGCUGUGAAUGGGAAUUCCAUGAAUGAAAAUCAAUCCCUAAGUAGCGCCUUAUUCCUUCUGUUAAAACAACUUUCCGGGCUAGAGCCACAGUCAUAUCAAGAUAUUCUAAAGAAUGUAAAUUCAAAUUCAAUAUCGUCAAAUGCUGGUAAUAAUGCUGCAAAUGGUUCUAUUGUGCAUGAGCAAACUAUACGGUCAACUCCUAUCGGGAGGGAAUCAUUAGCAGAAGAGCCUCCAGUGAAAAGGCGAGUACAGGAUUUUGAUUUGAAUGAUGCUUGCACUGAAGAAGCUGAGAGCCGAACAGAUAAAAUUGUGUUCAAGCUCUUUGGAAAAGAGCCGAAAGAUUUUCCUGUAGAUCUACGGGAACAGGUCAUUUAUCAUGUUACAAACUGGAAUCAUGUUUCUCUAACAACUUUAUCAGUGUGA